AUGCAGUCAGGAGACAAGGGACCAGAUCCCGAACGAUUGUCUGAAAGUGAGAAACGUCGCUUCAGCAAGUACGGAACGUUGCAGCGUGGAGGGUUAUUCGGUCAAAAGUCCAAGGAACGGACGUUUUUUGACUCUGGCGAUUUCGCUCUUUCCGCUGCUGAUCGUGUGACCGACAACGGUGCUAUUCACACAGGCAAAAUGCAUCCCCGCCGGGACAGCAUUUCACACCCUUACGCCCCUAUCCCAGCCUCUUGUAACGUUGACAAAGAUGCAAAUGAAGAUGCGAAUAGGAAGAGUGCGAGUCCGGAAAAGAGUCCUCUCCUUCAGCGAACAAAUACUGAAGAUCAACUCACAAACAAGGAAGGACAGGAGAACCCUGUCUUUCACCAAGGCUGA